AUGUCUCGAUGCCGGCCAUGGGAACAGAUAGUGCAGGCGACUACAACGGACAUCACAUACAGUGUUCGAAAAUGUGUCGGGGAAAUUCUUGGCUACAUUGGAUGGACGAAAAACAUCGAGGGAGCCUCCGGUGAUGUGGAGACGGCGCUGGAGACCGUCAUCAAAGACUUCCGCCAAAAGGUCGAUGAGUUGAUGCGCCCUUAUCGCUACGCACAUCCACUCAUAUAUAAUCGUACCGUUAUCCAGCGCGUAUGGAGCCUCCAGGAUUCCCGGCGGAAGGCUAAAACCGAAGCCCAAAGAUUGACCGGGGGCAAACAAAAAAUCGGGUUCUUCAAGGCGAACCGCUCGGAAGAUUGGGACGAACUACUAACAGCCUGCGACAUCGAGAGCAACUUACAUCGCCAAGCCUGUGAGCUCGCCUCUGAUUACACGACGGCUUAUUAUGAGGACGCUCUGCAAGGAUUCAUCUCGAAUUUCGGCCUGUACGCAGUUGAAGAAUGUCUUUUGUCAAAACUGAAGACCAUAUUUGAAGUUGAGCAGGCUUCAGAAGAGUCUGAGAAACCCGUUCUUGGCGAGGACGAUAGCAUGUCGAACAGCACCAUCUAUGACCGAGUCUUCUGA